AUGCUUGCCGCCAAAGCCGGCCGCAAUGCGCCGACUGAUGGCCUUAGAGACGCCAGCACCAAUUUUGAUAUCUGGCUCCCCGACAACCAUUCCCGACUUGAUAGGGCGACCUCCGCUGCCACUCUACUCCGCCGUAAGCAGCCAUUUGCGAUCCGCAUCGGUAAGACGCUCGAUUGGGAUCACGCUGAUGCCAGUCUGAUAGUCGCUGCAGUCACGCGUGCCGAAACGAACGCCCCACCGGUACGAAGUUUUAUCUCGACUGAAAAGAACGACUCUAUUCCUUCGUGA